GGUACACCGUUCUCUUCCGGUGUCAUCCAUGUUGUUUCGGGGUGACUUGACUCUGGAGGAAGAAGGUGUCCAUGAUGACAACUUUAAAAUACCAACAGUAGCCAGCGGGGUUGGAAUCACCUGCGAGCUUUGGUCGAGUUAAGAGAAAAUGUUUAUCGGUCGUCGUCGCGUCGAAUGUCGUGACCGUUUGGGGACAACUCAGCCGGACUAAAGGCGAGCUAACCGGGCUAGCAUGAACUCGGGCCGUCGCUGCUUUUGUUUACAUCCAGUCCUGAUGAUGAUGGGCCCGGAGAGGUGUGUUAGCUAACCCCGCUACCAGAGCUGCUUCAGCGGAGGGGGGAAAGUGACAUCCUAACGCCCGGGGGUCGACCAUCCAAACUGCUGCCACCUGAGGGGUAAGCUCAUCGGCGAGUUCAACUUUUAAACACGUUUACCUGAUGGAAGUGUCCUCACAGGAUCCACCUCUCAUGGCUAUGGACCUGUCGAAGACCUACAACCCCCUGACCCGGAGCCACACUGAAGCCAUGGACCUGGCAAAGAAGCCAGGAGUGGUAUCACCGUCGCCCGCCGAGCUGCAGCACAGGACAUCGCCUCCCCGUACAGAACUAGAGCCUCGUCGUCGUACAACUCUAUUUCCACGCAGCCAGGAGCACCCGUCCACUGCAGGGACAUGGAGCAGGGCCCCGAGGGUUUGGGUAACUACAUGAACUCGUCGCUGACUCCAGGCCUGGAUCUGUACCACGAUGGGGUUCAUGGCAACCUGUGGCAUCCAGGUUUCUAUGGGCCUGACCAGAGUGGCGGCCCUGUUCCUGAAAGCAGCGGCGGUGAGGAGAGCGACAGCGGCUCAGACGUUAUUUUCCUUGUCUCCUCGGCGAAGGAGCCGCUCUUGUGCAGCUCAUUCAUCCAGGACAGCGUGAGACACAUCGUGGAGCCCCUGUCGCCGGCCGUGUCCUCGCUGGACGAAGGGCGAGGUUGCUAUCACCUACCUCAGCCUCUGAGCUCGCCCAGUCCCGACAGCUCGUACUCGGAGGACUCCUCGGACAGCUCGGUUGACAUUCCCGUUCAUCACACCAGGCCCGUGGUCCUCUUGUCGGACCUCAGUGCCGUUUACGGCAACCCCGUCGAAUCUCCUGUCGACGUCUCCAGCGAUGACAGCGACGUCAUUGAAGUUUCAGUCACAAAUGAAAAGAAGAAAAGCCGAACCUUCCCUUACAAGAAAAAUAUUCCCUGUAAGAAGAGUCUCAUGAGAGAAACGCCACCUCAGAGCGAAGGGGAAAAGGCUCCAGCUCGAGAAGUUAGACGAAGUACCAGAAUCAGGAAGUCUGUGUCUGAAACACCUCAGUUCACCAGCAGCGUGUCACGGCACAGUUUGAGGAGGCAGGUCAAAAACGACGCGGUGGGUAUCUACAACGAAAGCUGUGACUCUGACGACAUGAUGGAGUAUGCGGUGAGGGUGUCGAGCCCAGAGGCGGAUGAGUCCGUUUUGCAACCAAAUGUGUCACAAAGAGUUAGCAGUAAUAACUCGGAGGAGUCUGAGGUGGACAUUCGGACAGAGAGGAAGUCGCAGCAGCAGCAGCCUCACUGCAAAUCUUCGUACUCAAAAGGCGUCAAACGGAAGAAGCCGCUCGCCAUUCAUAAAAGUAAAAAGUUGAGACGAACCAAACAGAAACAGAAACACAGGGUUCCUCCACAGCAGCACCUAAAGGCUUCGUCCCACCGGAGUGUAUCGACAAACCAAAAAACUGUCACGAGGCGGAAGAGGAAAAGGCGAACUCAGACUGGACCUUCUGCUCUGUUUUCCCCCAGGGAGCCGGAAAUCAAGCUCAAAUAUGCAAACAUUAGAGAGGAGAAGAAGGACAAGAAGUCGGACGGGUUUUGCCCCUUCGUUCACAUGGAGCAGAGGAUGUGCACUGUUGUCAACUAUCAGGAAGAGGAGGCGACGGUGAGGAGGAUCAGUAGAGGAGGAGGUGGGCAGCAGCAGCAGACAGGCACCAGGGCUCUGUCUGGAUUCGUGCCCAACACCUCCUGUUUCCAGCUGGGUCGCCUUAGCUCAGAGAGCAGGUGUCAGGCCACGCUAUCGUGCUGCCUCUGCGGCCAGACUGCCAAUGUCAUGGGCCUCGGGGACCUUCAUGGCCCCUACUACCCCACUGGCCCGCCUGCGGACUGCCAGAACUGCAGGACUGAGCAGAAAGAGGAAGAAAACUCACAUGGACUCGCUAAUAGCCAUUCAGUAAAUUCCUCAGAUGGUGGUUGCGAUGGUCGUGACCCCUCUGGCGACAACAACUCCCUCCCAAAGGUGCCUCUUCAUCUGGAUGAGUGCUGGAUCCACGAAGACUGCGGUAUCUGGUCCGCUGGCGUCUUCCUAGUUCGAGGGAAGCUGUACGGGUUGGAGGAGGCGGCCCGGCUUGCACAGGAAACAGUGUGUUCAACAUGCCAACAAACAGGUGCAAUAAUGGGUUGUUUCCAGAAGGGCUGUCCCAGAAACUACCACUACAGAUGUGCCAUUCAGUCAGGCUGUGUCCUCAAUGAAGAGAACUUCUCGAUGAGAUGUACAGAGCACAAGAACAAAUCGUUCACGAGUACAACCAGACAACACAAGAGAUGACGCAAAAGACGUGUGGGGGCACUGGAGAACGAUCCACAGAUCUCCUCAGGGCGCGACGUGAGCUGCCUGACUUCCAUCACCUCUGCUGUUUUAUAACACUAAUUAAAUGCGUGAGCUCAAGCAGAAGUAAAAAACCUUCUGGUAAGAUUUCACUCGUCACGACAGACCAGAUCAAAAACCAGGGGGGCCACUGUAGGAUUUUCUUACGAGACUUUGUCUUUUUUGUUUUUUGUUCCAUUUCUGUUCUUUUGUAGGUCUUUAACACCAAUUGGACUGAGCCAAGAUCGGGUGUGUGUGUUUGUAUGAGUGUGUAUUUAUUCCUCUUCUUGAAGAUUCACACUUGGACUAGCCAUGUCACAAAUACAGUUUAUUAUUAUUUGAACAUAACUAUAUUAGAGUUUAAAUGAGCUUUAUUAAUUUGUUGUAUAGAGUAGAAUAUCUUUAUAUAAGGCCACUUCCUUUCCUUUGUACUGUUUUUGUACUACUUUUCUAUUACUGUUAAUGCUUCACUCAUCACAUAACCAUAAUUUAUUUUUACUGAGAUGCAUGCAGAGUUGAUGUUUGCUACAAAGCACUUUACAGUAUAAUUUUCAGCUGUUUAUUUAUAUUUGUAGACUUUGUUCUUCCCUUUCUACUACGAUUAUUUAAGUUUAAUAUAAAGCUGCACUAAGGAAGAUUUAUAUAUGAAAAAUACUGAAUUUCUGCCUAAAUCACAAACAGAGAAUAUCCCAUCUGACGCUAGUCAAGACCGCAAACUGUACAUUCAACAUAUUCGAGCAGAUUUAUUCCCUGGUGUUAGAUGGUUUUAGAUGCUUCUCUGCUUUAACAAGAUGUGGAAACUUAAAACUGACGGACAGAACAAACUGUCUCAUAAACAGCAGCGAGAGAGCGAUUCCUCUCUUCUGUCAAGUUAAAAGGUCAGUUCAACCAAAUCACAAAAAGAAACACUACUUUUGCAGAGCUGAGACAAUGAGUUUAUUAACCAAAAAAGCUAUUUUAAUGAUCGAUUAUUUAUUGCUUUCUAGCAAAAAUGCCCAACAGAACUGAUUUCAGCUUCUCAAAUAUGAGGACUUCCUCCUUUUUUCUGUUUUAUAAUCUUUUAAAUUUAAUAUUUUUUUCAUUUUGGACUAUUUGUUGAACAAAACAAACUAUUUAAAUAUGUAACUUUGGGGUCUGGAGAAGUUUUGAUGGGCAUUUACCACUGUUUACAGAUAUUUUAUUGAGAAAACAAUCCACAUAUUAAUUCAUAAUGGAAGUAAUUCUUAGCUACAGCCUUGUUGGUUUUAUUUGCAGAGGUUUUGAGAUGUCCUCCUCCCCUUCAGACACAAUUUCAUGCUUUAAGGCUCCCAUAAUUUGGGAUAUGUAAUAGUAAGAAAGUAUAAUGUUGCUAUGGUUACAGUGACUUUAUGCUAUGGGCUACAACUUUAGCUUCAUUUUUAUCCUUUAUUGGUUUACAUUUUGAUAAAUUAGCCCCAUUAUAAAUAUGCAGAAUUAGCUAUUAGCAUUUCCUCUUUGCAACGAACCCAUGACUUUGCCGACAACUGUCACUUCAUUAUUUUGGUAACAAAGAAAACGUAAAAAUGUCAUGAUUCUCAGGCAAGUUCUGUAGUUAAAGUUGUUUCUUUUUUCUAUGAUUUCAACGCUGAUUUAUGGACUUAUGGAUUUAUUUGCGUGAACUCUCAGUCCCUGAAAAGUGUGAUUUAUUUUUUUAUUAUUUUUUUUUUUUAACACAAACUGCAGCACUUGGUCGCUAAGCGCCUUCUGCAGCCCAAGAGUGGUAAUUACCUCUACUGGGCUUUGAGUCUGAGCAGUUAAAUGGUUUUCAUUUCAAGAACAGGCAUUUAAUUAACUUUAAUAUUAUUCUCAACAAGUCUGUCAGUGAUCCUCAGCAAAUAUGACUAAAAAUAAUUACAUAACCUGAUAGAGAAAGUUGUGUUUUUGUGAUUUGCAUGAAUUGGCCCUUUAAUAUAUCUGUUACCUCUGUGGAGCUGCAGUCGCUUAGUGUAGCUUUAACUCUCCAUCUCUGUAUCUCUUUGUAUUUCAGUUCUCAUGAAUCAUUUACUGGACUGACAUGAGAGAUGACAAACAGGCACUAACUGUUUUAAAAAGAAAGAUUUUAAGUCAAUUGUUUAUUUUCAUGCCUGCACUUUCUAUUAUUUGAGGAAUAAAAAAGUAUAAUUGUUAUUUAAUAAAAAUCAAUAAAACGUGAA